UUGCUUUUCUUUCAAUUCAUUCAAUCUUUCUUAAAUAUUUCGGAAUUAAGUACAAUUUUACAACACUUUGCAUGCAUUUCAGUGAAUAAUUUGUCAUGUAACCGUUACGCUGAUCAGUUGUACGAGGAUUUACUGUAUUUUUAUAAUAAAAAUGUUCGACCUGUGAGAAAUGCAAGCAGUGCUGUACAAGUUAAAUUUGGAGCGUCAUUGAUUCGAAUCAUUGAUGUGGUUAGUUUACUUGAAGCUUGA